UCUAUGUACAAGGUUAUUGGUUUGUUUAGUGGUGAAGUGCGCCAUAAUGAUGACAUAACCGUGCAAGUGCAGAAAACCCAGAUUCGACCCACGGACAACGAACGGACCGAAAAUGAUGUUUAAUAAGUACAAUGUGUUUAGGGACAAGUACCCGUUGGCCAUCUUGUUUGUCGUAGCAAGUAUAUUCUUUGAAAAAUUCUACAGCAGUGGCAUGAUAACAAUAUUAACGCUUUAUCUCGUAGACAUUUUGAAGUUCUCAGAAACAGAUGCCACACUGAUAUACCAUGUGUACACAAUGCUUGGUUCCUUCUUUCCUGUCAUUGGAGGCAUCAUUGCUGACAGCUACCUCGGCAGAUACAAGACGAUUCUCUACCUAACCGUAGUGUAUGUAGCUGGAGCUGUAGUGCUUACGACUGCAUCAACGCCUUUCUUCGGCCAUGUGGAUAAAAGGAUUUUCAGUAUAGUCGGGUUCGUUGCGAUAGUUAUAGGCAGCGGCUGCUCCAGCCCUUGUACCCUCCCCUUCGGCGGUGACCAGUUUGUCACCCCCAGGCAUGUCCGUCAACUCCCCAUGUUCUUCAGCCUCUCCUACUUCGCUGUCAACGCAUCCGCCCUCAUCUCAAUGUAUGUCACUCCCAUCUUGAGGCAUAACUUCCAAUGUUUCGGGGAGGAAAACUGCUUCCCGUUGGCGUUUGGAGUGCUGACGUUCGCCCUUAUUAUGUCACUGAUUGCUUUUUGGUCUGGAAAAAGCCAAUACAUUCGUCAAGAGCCCCAAGGAAACAUUAUCGUUGAUGUCUCAAAAUGUAUAAUCCAUGCUCUCAAGAGUAAGUUAAGAUCGAAAGAGACUAGGGAUCACUGGCUGGACCAUGCAGACGACAAGUUCAGCAAAUCACUCAUAUCUGAUACCAAAGCUGCGUUCCAAGUCCUCUUCUUAUUUCUACCGAUGCCUGUGUUCUGGGCACUCUAUGACCAACAGGGCUCCAGCUGGAAGUUCCAGGCCACCCGUAUGAACGGUUCCCUAGGCUGGUUCACCAUCAAACCAGAUCAGAUGCAGGACAUCAACCCCCUGCUGAUUAUGGUGUUCAUCCCCUUGUUACUUGCUGAUUCUUCUUAUUUCCCAGGGCUCCAGCUGGAAGUCCACCCGUAUGAACGGUUCUCUAGGUUAGUCCACCAUCAAGCCAGAUCAGAUGCAGGACACCAACCCCCUGCUGAUCAUGGUGGCUUCAGCUGGAAGUUCCAAGCCACCCGUAUGAACGGUUCUCUGGGCUGGUUCACCAUCAAGCCAGAUCAGAUGCAGGACACCAACCCCCUGCUGAUCAUGGGCUUCAGCUGGAAGUUCCAAGCCACCCGUAUGAACGGUUCUCUAGGUUGGUUCACCAUCAAGCCAGAUCAGAUGCAGGACACCAACCCCCUGCUGAUCAUGGGCUUCAGCUGGAAGUUCCAAGCCACCCGUAUGAACGGUUCUCUGGGUUGGUUCACCAUCAAGCCAGAUCAGAUGCAGGACACCAACCCCCUGCUGAUCAUGGGCUUCAGCUGGAAGUUCCAAGCCACCCGUAUGAACGGUUCCCUGGGUUGGUUCACCAUCAAGCCAGAUCAGAUGCAGGACAUCAACCCCCUGCUGAUUAUGGUGUUCAUCCCCUUGUUACUUGCUGAUUCUUCUUAUUUCCCAGGGCUCCAGGUGGAAGUCCACCCGUAUGAACGGUUCUCUAGGGCUCCAGCUGGAAGUUCCAAGCCACCCGGCUCCAGCUGGAAGUUCCAAGCCACCCGUAUGAACGGUUCUCUAGGUUGGUUCACCAUCAAACCAGAUCAGAUGCAGGACAUCAACCCCUUACUGAUCAUGGGCUCCAGCUGGAAGUUCCAAGCCACCCGUAUGAACGGAUCCCUAGGCUGGUUCACCAUCAAGCCAGAUCAGAUGCAGGACAUCAACCCCCUGCUGAUCAUGGUGUUCAUCCCCUUGUUCGACAUCGUCAUCUACCCCUGGUUGGCCAAGUACCGUCUCCUGGAACGACCCUUGCAGAGGUUCACAGUCGGAGGACUCCUGGCAGCGGUGGCCUUCGCCAUGUCAGCCGUUCUCGAGUGUAAUCUAGAAACGACAUACCCAGUCCUGCCGAGUCCUGGAUUGGCGCAACUGAGGAUAUUCAACGGUCUGGAGUGUGAUGUAGCCUUCACCCUCCCCAUGGACCCUCGGUCUGGAGUCAUCCCCGCCCUGGACGCUCUGCAGCUCACCAGCAUCCCACUGGAGGGUGAGGCGGAGUACGAGCUAAGGUUCAUGACUGCUGCUAACUGCUCGGAGUUCAGGAACAGAAGGUUUCAUGGGAGAGUCGUCCUGCAAGAAGCUAAAGCCAAGUCAGUCUUUCUUCACACCAUCAAAGGAGUCCCUGUAGUUUCUACGGUUAACGAGACUGACGAGAUAGACAAAACUGAUCUUGAAAACCCUCGACUCAGGGUCCUUCACAGCCUCAGACCGUUCCAAAGCGAGUUCUGGCUCUCCCAACAUAAGUACCAUGAGAUGUUUGAGUUUGAGAAAGACACUUUCUCCACUCCAUACAAAUCUGUUGUGGAAACUGGCAGUUUUACUGCCAUGUUAGCCAACAGAACAGUCUAUGGAGAUAUCAAGCUAGGACCUGCUGGUAUAUAUACUCUCAUUCUUCACUCCCACAAUAACUUUACGAUAGGUCACGUCAUUGAGGUGACCCCUCCCAACAGUGUGCACAUGCUGUGGCAGCUGCCUCAAUACAUCACUAUAACUGUGGCUGAGAUUAUGUUUUCUGUCACUGGCAACGAGUUCGCAUACACUCAGGCACCAGACUCGAUGAAGUCCGUGAUAUCCGCAUCGUGGGCGAUGACUGAUGCUGUUGGCAACUUUAUUGUGGUCAUCAUUGCACAUGCGCAACUGUUCGACAGUCAUGCAACGGAAUUCUUCCUAUAUUCAAUCAUCAUGGUGUUAGCCAUGGUACUGUUCAUGUUAAUAUCUUGCCAAUAUCAAUACUACGACCCUAUCAAAGAGACACCGCCAACUAUAUCAGCAACGAUACCGCCUCCCAGUAUAACGCCGACGUCAUAG